AGAGUCAAUUGGUCCAAGACAACCAUGAAGCUGGUUCUGCUCGCUGUCGUUGUGGCCGUGGCCGCUGCUGCCCCGGACCGCAGCUACGAGGCCCCGAAGGUGUACGAGAUCCUGAAGCAGGAGUCUGAGCUGCGCGACGACCAGUCCUACGACUCACAUUUCGAGACGGAGAACGGCAUCUAUGCCUCCGAGUCUGGCAGGCCGGUGGAGGGAUACGGCGAUGAGGAGAGCUAUGACGUCAACGGGGAGUUCAGCUACACUGGUCCCUACGGCGUCGUCUACAAGGUUGUCUACGUGGCCGACGCCAACGGCUUCCAGCCCCAGGGCGACCACCUGCCCACCCCUGUGCCCACCGAGUACCCUACCCCGGAGGUGUCUUAUGACGAUGAUGAUGAGGAGAGGUACGAGGUGCGGGUUGGCUACGGGCCCAGCUACAACUAGGACAGGAAAACGCGGAGACGACAUACAACCAGCUUUGUACCUGACUAGACAACGAGUGCUUGUCCCGUCCUUGAUGGUAUGCCCUUGUUUGUGUAUAUCCACGUGUGUGUGUCAUGUGUCUGAUAAUUUAUUUGGUUUGAGGGAAUGCGAGCAAUAGAUGCAACGCGUCGAUCA